AUGGUAUCCCCAUGCCCUACAUGGCUGGUGGUGGCCCUCAUCUCAGGGAGUAUGCUGCUGGCCGAUGGCUAUCUCAUGGGUCAGAGUCCAGGAGGUUGGUGGCUGGGCCUGGGGCUGCUGCUCUCUGCGGGCAACGUCUGCCUGCUCUUGGUACUUCGCCCUGUAGUGGCUGGUGCUGGUGCGGAAGCCCAUACCACACGGCGGGGAUGCACCAUGUUGCUCUGGUUUCUCUACAUCUUUGUGUUGGAGAUGAAGGUCUACUUCAUUUACCGGAGCUGCCGGGCUGAGGGGCACUGCCCUGGCCCGCCUGCCCGCCAGGCCUUCACCCUGGUGCUAGCACUCAGUGUGCCUGGACUCUUUGCUCUGUUGGGGUCUCCAAAGGCCCCAGAGAUUUUGUCAUCCUUCCAAUGGCGUGAAGAACUCAGGAGUCACCUGCUCUGGGUGGUGGCAGAUUUGCUGGAUAUUUUAGAUGUGCAGGCAGGGCUGUGGGAGCCACCUCAAAGGGCACUGCCCUUCUGGGCAGAGGGUGUCACAUUCUUCUAUUGCUAUGCUCUGCUGCUCUUGCUACCAUGUGCUGCCCUGGGCGAGCUCAGCCUACAAGGCCUCCAGCCUCUGCCGCACCGCAUGGUACUCUACCCCCUCCUCAGCCUGCUCACGGUCAAUCUGGCCACCAGCCUCAUCAGGGCCACGCAUCUCCUGCUCUUCCGUGACACCUAUGUCUCCAGCAUCUUUCUAGGAAAGAACUUGCUGGCCUUGGUUCUCAAGCUCUGCAUGUUCCUGCAGUACCGAAAACAGUGGCUGUCUGGCUCAUCAUCACCCCGGACUCCCACUCAACCUGGCCGUAUCACACCGACUCAGGCUAUGAGGCCUACCUGA